CUCAACGUGAGUCAGCAGUCAUCAGGUCUUAUCAGAAAAGUUCAGGACUAAUGGAAACCAGACUCAUCCAGAUCAACAACAACAACACUUCUUCAUGUGUGUGAGACGGUAGCUCGGUCUGACGGAGCUCUGGGGGACAGAGGAAGACCAGUAUCAGGAUGGAGGAGCAGAGUCCAGACUCUCCUGAACCCAGCUGUGUGUCCAUGAAGAGUGACCGGUCUAAAGGUGGCUUUAUUAACUUCAAACAAUCUGCAGAUGGAAGUAUCAGGAUGGAGGAGCAGAGUCCAGACUCUCCUGAACCCAGCUGUGUGUCCAUGAAGAGUGACCGGUCUAAUGGUCACUCUAGUUCCUUCAAACGAUCUGCAGAUGGAAGAGGUCAGCUGGAAACAUCAGAGUUCUUCAAUGAUCAGUCCAAGCGGCAUAAAACAGAGCUGGACUCCAUAUUUAUGCUGCUGGAGGAGAACAUUAUCACCUUUGUGAAGAAGGAACUGAAGAGAUUUCAGAAGGCUCUGAGUCAGGAGAACCCAGAACGUCACAGUGAGGAUGAGGAGGUGUUGGUUGGUGAAGAUGAAGAGCAGAGGAGCAGCAGAGAGGCUUUUGUGAAGAUCACAGAGAACUUCCUGAGGAGAAUGAAGCAGUACGAGCUGGCUGACUGUCUGAGGAACAGAACUCCUGCUUCAGUUUGCCAACAUAAACUCAAGUCUAACCUGAAGGAGAAGUUCCAGUGUGUGUUUGAGGCGAUGGCUAAAGCAGGAAACCCAACCCUUCUGAAUCAGAUCUACACAGAGCUCUACAUCACCGAGGGAGGGACUGGAGAGGUCAACCAUGAACACGAGGUCAGACAGAUGGAAACAACAUCCAGGAAAGCACACAGAGCAGAAACAAGCAUCAGACAAGAAGACAUCUUUAAAGCUCCACCUGGAAGAGAUGAACCAAUCAGAAGAGUGAUGACGAAGGGCGUGGCUGGCAUUGGGAAAACAGUCUUAACCCAGAAGUUCAGUCUGGACUGGGCUGAAGGCAAAGCCAACCAGGACAUCCAGUUCACAUUUCCAUUCACUUUCAGAGAGCUGAAUGUGCUGAAAGAGAAAAAGUUCAGCUUGGUGGAGCUCCUUCAUCACUUUUUUACUGAAACCAAAGAAGCGGGACUCUGCAGGUUUGAAGACUUCCAGGUGGUGUUCAUCUUUGACGGACUGGACGAGUGUCGACUUCCUCUGGACUUCAACAAAACUAAAAUCCUAACUGAUGUCACAAAGUCCACCUCAGUGGAUGUGCUGCUGACAAACCUCAUCAGGGGGAACCUGCUUCCAUCUGCUCGCCUCUGGAUAACCACACGACCCGCAGCAGCCAAUCAGAUCCCUCCUGGGUGUGUUGACAUGGUGACAGAGAUCAGAGGGUUCACUGACCCUCAGAAGGAGGAGUACUUCAGGAAGAGAUUCAGAGAUGAGGAGCAGGCCAGCAGGAUCAUCUCCCACGUCAAGACAUCCCGAAGCCUCCACAUCAUGUGCCACAUCCCGGUCUUCUGCUGGAUCACUGCUACAGUUCUGGAGGAUCUGCUGAAGACCAGAGAGGGAGGAGAGCUGCCCAAGACCCUGACUGAGAUGUUCAUCUACUUCCUGGUGGUUCAGUCCAAAGUGAAGAGCAUCAAGUAUGAUGGAGGAGCUGAGACUGAUCCACAUUGGAGUCCAGACAGCAGGAAGAUGAUGGAGUCUCUGGGAAAACUGGCUUUUGAGCAGCUGCAGAAAGGGAACCUGAUCUUCUAUGAACCAGACCUGACAGAGUGUGGCAUCGAUAUGAGAGCAGCCUCGGUGUACUCAGGAGUGUUCACACAGGUCUUCAGAGAGGAGAGAGGACUGUACCAGGACACGGUGUUCUGCUUCAUCCAUCUGAGUGUUCAGGAGUUUCUGGCUGCUCUUCAUGUCCAUCAGACCUUCAUCAACUCUGGAGUCAAUCUGAUGGAAGAAGAACAAACAGCAUCCAGAUCUACAAUGACACAGCUCUACCAGAGUGCUGUGGACCAGGCCUUACUGAGCCCAAAUGGACACCUGGACUUGUUCCUCCGCUUCCUCCUGGGUCUGUCACUGACCACCAAUCAGAAUCUCCUACGAGGUCUGCUGACACAAACAGGAAGUGACUCAGAGACCAGACAGGAAACAGUCCAGUACAUCCAGACAAAGAUCAAUGAGGAUCUGUCUGCAGAGAAGAGCAUCAAUCUGUUCCACUGUCUGAAUGAACUGAAUGAUCGUUCUCUAGUGGAGCAGAUCCAACAGUACCUGAGAUCAGGACGUCUCUCCACAGAUGAACUGUCUCCUGCUCAGUGGUCAGCUCUGGUCUUCAUCUUACUGUCAUCAGAAAAAGAUCUGGACGUGUUUGACCUGAAGAAAUACUCUGCUUCAGAGGAGGCUCUUCUGAGGCUGCUGCCAGUGGUCAAAGCCUCCAACAAAGCUCUACUGAGUGUCUGUAACCUCUCAGAGAGAAGCUGUGGAGCUCUGUCCUCAGUCCUCAGCUCCUCCAGUCUCAGAGAUCUGGACCUGAGUAACAACGACCUGCAGGAUUCAGGAGUGAUGCUGCUGUCUUCUGGACUGGAGAGUCCACACCUCAGACUGGACUCUCUCAGUCUGUCUGGCUGUUUGGUCACAGAGGAAGGCUGUUCUUCUCUGGCCUCAGCUCUGAGCUCCUCCUGUCUGACAAAGCUAGACCUGAGCUACAAUCAUCCAGGAGAAGGAGGAGAGAAACUACUGUCUGCUCUACAGAAGGAUCCACACUGCAGACUGGAGACACUGAGGCUGGACCAUGGUGGACGGCACAGACUGAAACCAGGUCUAAAGAAGUACGCCUGUGAGCUGGAAGUGGACACAAACACAGUGAACAGAAGACUCAAACUGUCUGACAACAACAAGACGGUGACAUUAGUGGAUGUGGAUCAGCCAUAUCCUGAUCAUCCAGACAGAUUUAACUGGGAUCAGCUGCUGUGUCGAACUGGUCUGACUGGUCGCUGUUACUGGGAGGUUGAGUGGAGAGGAGGGGUUUGUGUAUCAGUGAGUUAUAGAGGAAUCAGACGGAGAGGAUACUGGACAGAAUGUGUGUUUGGAUGGAAUGAUCAGUCCUGGAGUCUUAUCUGCUCUUAUGGUGGUUACCGUGUCUUUCACAAUAACAUAGUAACAGACAUCUCCUCCUCCUCCACUUCAUCCUCUGGUAGAGUAGGGGUGUAUCUGGACCAUCCUGCUGGCUCUCUGUCCUUCUAUGAUGUCUUCUCUGACAGACUGAUCCACCUCCACACCUUCAACACCACAUUCACUGAACCGCUCUAUCCUGGGUUUGGGUUUUGGUUAGAUCCAGGUUCAGUGUCUCUGUGUUCUCUGUAGCUCAAACUCUGCUGUCUGAAUCCAAAGCUUAGUCAGACUACACACUAGAUGAUUUAUCAGCUCUGAUUAACCUGAUUGAUUUGAUUCAAAGCUUGUCAGUAAUUCUUUUCACUAGUUGAACUUGCAUUGGUGUAUAUGUCACUGUUGAACUGCUCAGCAGUCAUUUUGAUAUGAUCAAGUCCAUUUUAGUCUUGUUUUAGCUUCCAUACUUCUUGUUUGGUCUAACCAAGCCCACAGACACAAACAGCUGAUCAGAUACUCUGAGGUGGAAGAGCACGUAGCCUGUAGCCGAAGCUCACAUUGUAAAAUAGUGCCACACACAGCGGCUUUCUCUGUCAACAAUAACACGCUUCAAAAAUGUUUCAUACAGCGUACAAUUGAGCCAACAUUGUUGUAGGAGUUUUUAUUGUCAUGCUUUCAUUUGACAUUGUUGACUUUUCUUUCAUUUUGUGGGCGCCCUCCACAGGUGGUGAGGGCGCUGGCCUAUUAGAAUGAGCAGCUGACGCACAGCCAGGAAGAUGGGUCACAGUGCAAACUGUCAUUGAGCGCAGGCUUAGAUAGCUGUGAAUGAUUUGUAUUCAGAAACCCUAUCAAAUGAACUUUUGUUUUUCAUUCAUCUUUUUAUUUUGGUCAUAAACAAAAGCAACUUUGAAGCAGCUCUAUCAGGAUUGAUUUUUGGAAGUCUGCUUGUGUGAUGAUGAAGCUGUGAUGAUGUUCCCGUUCUACCUGUGGUUAAAACAUGAAUACUGGAAAAGGUUAAAGGACAAACCUGAUUUUAAAGUUUUACAAUACAAUUCAUCAAUGAGGAGCUGUGGACAGAAUGCAUUUUUAGUUUCUCCCACUUAUUUUGGAUCAGUAGAACCUUAUAAGUUAUAACAUCAGCCUUGUCUUUGGACAGGAAUUUCUUGGAAAUGUUCCCAUCCAAACUCCACAUGCAUUCCAUAUUUCAAAGAAGUAACAUACAUUUUCUAUUAAAAAAAAAAAAAAAAAAAAAAAGUAAAUAUAUUUUAAAGAUUUUCUUUCCAUAAAAAAUACCCAAAAUUUUCUUCAAGUAGUCCCAAAAUGUUUCAGUGAAACUUGAUCAAAAUUCAAUUUAUUAUAAAUUCUGUGUAAAUUUCUAAAAAUGUUCAAGCAAAUUCCAAAAAGAUGUACAAAUACGUCCCCCAAAAUUCCAUGAAAGUGACAGAAACAUCCAGACAAAAUCCCAGAAACUUGCAUAAAAAUUCUUUAAAAUUCAAAGAACCCUCCCCCCAUUAACCAAAAAUUUAAAAAUAAAAAUGUCACAAAGUUCCACGAAAUGGCCUCAAAAUUUCUAAACAAAUGUUCAUAAAUACGUAGAGAAAAAAUAUAAAGCAAAUUUCCACAACCUUCCAAAAAAGACUCAAAAAUAUGCCAACAUAUUCCCAAAACCUUGGUGAACAUUUUCAAACAAAUUCCCAAAAAUAUGCAAACAGGAAAUUUUGCCAUCAUCCUGCAAAUGAUUUCAACUUCAAUAUGCAUUUGAUUGAUUAUCCGACAAGUUCUAAGCUUAGAAAUGAUGGCUAUGUUGUAGAAAAGCCAAAAUGAAAUGUCCUCAUAUGUGCAUGCAGGGCCUUAGGAGGUUCAAACAACAACAUGGCUAGAAUAGCCCAGAAUUCCUUUGGGCACUUCUGCACCAUGAGUGAAGUUGCUGACUGAGUCCGAGAAUAUCCGCCUGUGGAUGGAUAGUCCACUGAAUCCUGAUGAAAGAGGACUUUCUGGUUCAGAGAUCACCCUCUGGUUAGUGUCACUUGUAAUCUCUUCAGUUGACACACCUUGAGUGGCAGAAAUGUUGAAGAUUCAAGUCUGUGCUAGAAAUAAGAGAAACUGGAGUGGCUGAGCUACAUGUAGAUUCACUAAACUACUUCAACAUGUUGUUUUGAGUUGGCUUUCAAUUGAAUUUUCAAUUGUAGAAAAGUUUCCACAGUGUAGUUGAACUUGAAAAAGUCAAGCCAACAUAAAUGUCCAAGUAAAAGUGAGUCUAAGUCAUUUUCAGCUGCUCAGUCAGCUCAUUUCAACUAGUUUGGUUUUACAGUGUAGGUGAUGAAGAGGCAGGAGGGUGAAGAUGUUGCUUUUCCUGCAGGUCAGCUGCUCCAUCAGAAGCGUCCUCUGUGAGAGACAAAAGGACAAAUAUGGAUGUUAGACUCACAGCUUCAUCAAAUCACAUGUCAAUGUCAAAAUAAUAGAAGGGAGCAGACGCCAAAUGGACAUUUCCAAUGAAUAAAUACAGUUUACACACAUUUGAAAAACAAUCAUGUGUAGAAAAGACUUGGGAGUCGUUUUGAAGUUUGAUGCCUGAAAGCAGCAGCAGACUCAGGAUGUUUGAGGGCCAAGGACAAGAAUCAUAAAUAGGACACCUGCAGGACUUUGUGGGGCACCGCUGCAGAAGUGUUGUCCAGUUUUGCCCACUUGGAGGCACCAAAGGGGGCAGUUUGUCAAACUUUCCUACUAGAAAGGCUCCAAAGAAGACACUUUGUCAAAUUAGUCCACGUAGAGCAGGGGUGUCAGACUCAAUCACAGCAGGGGCCAGAUUCUGGAUUCAGGUCUAACCUGAGGGCCUAACAGGGUCACCUUUAAACCAGAAACUGUCAACCUCAUUUCACCAGGAAUAAAAUAUGAAAAAACUGAUGAUAAAUGAUUUCGACUUUUAAAAAGUUAAAAAGAUAAUUCCAGCAGUGUCUGAAAGCUAUAAAAACCUUUUUAAUUCAACAUUUUGAGUUUCAUAUACAACAGAAGUCUGUGUUCUUCUGGUGUCAGCAGUGGAUCUCAUGGCUCAAAUCAAAGAAAAAUAAGUGAGUAGGCUUUCUGUGAUGAUAAGAUGAAGAGAGUUUGACUUACGAGGUCAGGUUGGAGCUUUUUGCUCUGAGGUUCAGGCUCAGAGCUUCAAGGUCUCUUUGUGCUUUUGGAGGGAGCAGAGUUUACAGCCUCUUUGGUUACUGUGGCCAGAGAAGACUCAGGACAGGUGCGCUGUUCUUCAGUCUGGAGCUUCUUGGCUGAAGUUUCAGCUUGUGGUGGAAGAGGCCGCUUUGUGCCCUGUGGUACCACCGAGGCUGAUACAGAUGGGCGGCUUGUUGCAGAAAAUCAACUCUGCACAAAACAAGGAAAAUGUUUUUGUUGCAGUUUUACCAAGAGUCUUGUUGGUGCAAUUCCACAUCUGAUGACAAAAUCUUGUCUUUGAAAGAAAAUGUGUGUAGAGAUAGAAUAGACUUGAUGUCAUUCUUGUAGUCAGCUCAGUGAAAAGAUGCUCACCACUUUAAUGACUGUAGGAGGGUCAAUGACAUAGAAGGCUUCAUUUAUUUGGAGUUUGACACCUGACCUUUGACACUAAUGUCAAAUUAAACAGGAAAUACUUUGACACAUGUUGUUACUUUUAGUAAUGUUUUAAAGAGGACAUGUAUAUUUUCAAAAUAAAAUCAAGAAUUUCAUGCUAAAAUAUUUGUGUGUUUUUCCAUUGGUUGAACCACCUGACAUUGAAAAUGUACCCACACAAAUAUGACUGAAAUAAAUAAUUUAUCUUUACUUUCAAAGUCUCUGUAAACCAUUUCACUCUGCCAUGAGUGUCAGCUGGAGUUAAAAUGAGGAUAAACUGUGUUAAAAUCUGUUUUUAUUACUUGAUUUCAAAAUAAAAGUCCCCUGAUUA